CAGCGAGAGUCGGAGUCAAAGGUCGGCAACUGGAGCGAGAGAGGAGCGCGGUGUGGGUGGGUGCGCUCUGUUCCCGCCAGUUGUGCGACUCCGUUUUCUCUCUCCCCCCCUCUCUCUGCGCAGCGCAUCACGCCCGCUGUGAUGUCGUAGAACGAACGCCGCAGUAGGCGUGCGCAUUGUAUUUCUAUCUAGGCGCAGUGCAUUUCUUUAAACGCAUCAGUUUAAACAAGUUUAUGAAGUUCCAUAUUAUUGUCGCAACGUUUUGCAAGAUUAGUCAGUCGCUUGCUUUAUGAAAAAAGACUUGCUUUUAGUGUUUUUUUUCUUUUCCGUCCUCGACUUUCAACUUUCAUUUCAGAGUAGCGAGUGUCUCCGCGUUACAUUUGAGCGACGUUGCCCUUUGGGCUGACGGGCGGGCGGGCGGGCGGGCGAUCGGGCUGGGUGGAUCACGGCUUAGUGACCACCACCACCAGCACCAGCCGCGCUCCCCUCUCUCAGUGCGCUCUCUCUCUCUCUACUCCCUAUGGGAGUUCAGGCCGCUCGCUGCUCUCGCCGUGCCGUGCGGCGGUCUCCCCGGGCGCUCGGAGUUAGUUCGGCAGUGGUUUUGAGAGAGGCGCGGUGAAGAACCGCGAGCGCAAAUGAGCGCAGCGACGUGCCGAGCUGCCAUGCGGAUGCCUUCGGGAACUCAACUCAUCCGCUCCAGUUCAACCCGCGUUGCAUCGGCCGGUGUAAAGGAUGUGAUUCUGAUGAGGAGGAGAAAUGACAACUCAAUUUUUGCAGGGGCAGAGAGUAAUGAGAUUUGUGCUUCUCACAAUGCUCACGAUGUUCAUAAAGGGACCGGCAGCUGCUCCCAUUCACGAGCAACACGCCGUGGUCAUUUCCGACGAUUCUGCCAGGACCUUGCUCAUCCCGCUGCUCAGGACUGAGAUGCUCAAGGAGGUUCUGCUCAAGACUUUGCAGGAGGAGGUCGGGUGGGGAGAUUCGCAUCCAAGGAGAGCGAGGGACACAGGGUCACAGCAGCAGCAACAGCAACCGAGGCCUCGCAUCAGCGUCAUAGAUGCGGGUCUCCUGAGCCACGCGGACGAGGAGGAGUUGUUCUCGUCGCGGGUGAUUCUAAGCGAGCUGCCUCCCAGUGGUCCACCUUUACUUUUCCCCGUGGACGACUUCAGCGCAUCUGUUGUGUCAGUGGCGAACAGCACGCAUCAUCGACGCGACCGACGUCAUGCCAGCAGCUCGUCAUCAUCAUCAUCAUCAUCGUCGUCGUCGUCCUCAUUGUCGUCGUCAUCCGGAGAUCCACACCGCGCCGACCGCGGCGAGUUGUCGGUGUGCGACAGCGAGAGCGUGUGGGUGACGGACAAGAGCACGGCGGUGGACAUCAAGGGCAAUCGAGUGACAGUGUUGGAUGAGAUGAGGACUAGCACGGUUCCCUUGCGGCAGUACUUCUUCGAGACGCGCUGCAAGGCGACGGGAAACACGCGUGACGGCUGCCGUGGCGUGGACAAGAAGCACUGGAACUCCACGUGCAGGACCACGCAGUCUUAUGUGCGGGCACUGACCAUGGAGGGCACCCGUCACGUAGGAUGGAGGUGGAUACGGAUUGACACGUCCUGCGCCUGUGCCCUGUCCAGCAAAUCCGGGCGCGCGUGAUUGAUGGUGGUGGUGGUGGCGGUGGUCGUGACGAUGAUAGUGAGCGGUGGUGUAGCGGUUAGCGCGCUGCGCUACAAACCCGGCGACCCGAGUUCGAUUCCCGUUCACGGCCAGCACCAGUCACGAUUAUCUGAUCCGGUCCUGGGCCUCCCCUAUGUUGACUCAGGCUCAAAUAAGUACCUGAUGGGGUGUGUAAACAUCGCCACUGGGGAGAGAAAGGCGGUCGGGCGUGGUGCUGGCCACCCACCCCCUCGUGUACCGUUCCGGCCUUAAUAGGUGCUCGCUGACAGCACGUGCCCCAAAAGUCUGUUAAAGAUGUUUAUCUUUUUCUUUGAUGAUGACAGUGAUGAUGAUGGUGAUGCUGAUGAGAAGCGCAAUACUACCAGUAGCUGAAUUAAAAACCCUCCACUCCUGCCUGGAUGUUUGGAUAAAAAAAUUGGUCACACGCACGUGACUUUUACGCAUUAAGCCAUCAUAAGUGAUCCAUUCACCUCCCAUAAGUUAUUUUGCUGUGUACGACUACAUGAAUAUUUCAUGUAAAAUUGUAAAUGUGUAUUGUUUGUCGAUAUUAUUAUUGUUGUUGUUUUUGACAUUUUCAUUGUUAUUUUAGUCGCUAGUUCUCUAUUUAUUAAACAUAUCUAUCAAAAGAACAUAUUGAAAUGAUUUUAAGUUGUUGCAUACGUGUUACAGAUUAUAUAUGGUUAUUUUUCGUUAAAGUUAUGUUUAUUGUAUUCCAGUUUUUAUUUCUAAAAAAAGAAGAUUUCACUUUUAAUUAAGUAAAAAAAUAUUAUCAGUCAUAUCUUUCAUGUGCUUACUCUAAGUACUUUAUUUAUUUCAGUAAUAAACUUACAUAAUUAACUUCUACCUCAACUUGUGUUCGCACAGAAUCCAGUGUACAAUCAUUUUCUUUCGAAUUUACUGUGCUAUCGUGAAUGCAAUGCCUUUGCGUAUGUUAAACACUCUCGGCCUACUGGUGCUAAGAAGUAAGGCGGUGCAUGCAGGCUGUAAAUAUGUACACCACUGAUUGUGUAAGAUUGUAACUACGAAUUGUGCUCAACAUUUUGUAUUGCACCAGUAUGUUAGUAGCCUAAUACAGCCACUGUGUUUGUUUUUCAAGGUUUGGCCCUCUUUGUAUUGCUUACCUACCAUUACCCUAUCUUCUCAUACAGGCUGCUUCAGAAUGAUGUACAGCGUUGCAAAUAUAACCACGGUAUCUAGACGUUUUUUCGAUUUUAAUAAUAAUGUACAGCCCUUUGCCAAUUCACUGUUGGACGAAGGUCUCCCAUGCUGUGUUAGUCACGGGGCUUGUUUUGGCGAUACUGCAAAACGCCGCUCAGUGCGUAUUGAUGAAGUGAGGAGGGCUCAGAACUGGUGAAGGUGCCAUUCGCCGCUGAUAUUCAGCUGUGGCCCAGAAUCGAACUCAGGGUCACCGGGGCCACAGCCUGGCAGUCAUUUGUGGUUUAACACAAAUAAUUGAUAGUAAAACAUGCCGAGGCACCCACCUGCUGGGCAACAAGGUGUUACCUUGAUGGAGCAAGCAGGAUGGUGAAAGCCAUCUGUGUGGGAUUUGAGUGUUCUCCCUCAUAAGUGCAUCUUGUCUGGGCAUGGGGUGGGGCUUCAUCUGAGGCAACAAAAAUGUGAUAAAAUAACCCAAACAGAAUCCUCAAAUUCAAAGCUCCCAAACAUCCUGAACCUACUGCAAGUCACCACUGCUGUAGCCAAACGAAUUGGAUAUUGAAGGCUAAGCUGAAUAUAUAUGCCUGGUGAGAAUUAUACUUGGAUGGGUGACUGCUGGGAAAUACUAUGUUUUAGGCUUGGCCUUGAGAUGGCAUUUCAGCAAGAUGGAUUUGUGGAUCUGUACGAAGGUUUGAGUUACCCCACGUAUGUGUGGGUUUUCUCUGUGCACUCCGGUUUCCUCCCACAUAUGGCUCAUUAAUGCAAAUUGGCCAAACAUCCAAAUGCAGGACCCUCGUGUAGACAAAAUGUUUCAAGAUUUCAGUGAGGCUUCGCUCGGCAAAUAAAGAGCAUGACAAAUAAAAGGGCAUUAUGAUGGGACUAAACGUUUUUACUACGUUAUGUAUUAUUUCAGUCACUCAUUACUUGCUGCACACAUUUCAUUAUUUACAAUAUAUGUAGCAGAAAUUAGCCACAUUUUAUAUAAUUCACUUGUCGCAGCCUUGUUAAAAGAUGAAAACGAUUUCCUCUGUGUAAUUACUUUUAAACCAUUUAACGGAUCCCUCAAGAAGACUGCCUUAAAAAGAAAAAAUAUAUAUAAUUGGCCAGCAACUGCCCAAAACGUCACCUAUUAUAUCAUCUUUAAUUUUUACAGCAGUCUUAUUGAAGAAUGUGUUGAGUUUAUUUUGCUAUUUUGCCUUCGUGCACUACCAACGCGGUACCUGUAUCACCAAAUAACCUGUUCAGUGUAAUUAUUAACCCUGUUAAAAUCGACGCAUGACGUCCUUUCAAGUGGAAGUGUGGUGUGGGCCGACCCUGCUUUGCCAAAUAGGAAAAAUUGGGCGAAGAAAAACUUUUAUUUUACGCAGGGUUCCCUUACCACGCGGCUUUCACAUACACUGUUGAGUCACGUAAAUCAAUCUGACGUUUGACACACGCCCACUUCCAAAGCCAGCUUCCUCUCUUCUUAACCACGCCAGCGAGACACAAUAAAAUGCCAUACAAUUUGAAUUUACAUA